AUGCCAUCCGUCCCACCCGAGCUCAGCGAUUACAUCGUCGACUAUCUCUACAAUGAUUCUCGCGCAUUGAUCGCUUGUUCCUUGGUCUGUCGCGACUGGGUCGCAACAUCCCGUUUCCACCUUUUUGGGCGCGUAACAAUCGACAAUGCGCGACUGUGCGGCGCCUUCUGCCGCCUUUUGAAGACCUCUGGCGGCGGUAUUGCAUCAUAUGUUCGAGAGCUGAUCAUCUCAAAGCUCAGCGCGACCGACUCAGAAUUACUGAUAAUCGAGGACGCCUUACCUCCUAUUCUCGCCCUGUUGCAUCGCGCUAAAAUGCUCACCUUGACUACGCUGGAUCUGAAUCCGGCUAUAAAGCGCGGUCUUCAGCUUCUCCCUCGUUCGUCGACGACUGAGCUCGAAGUACAAUAUUGUCAUUUUCCCUCCUUCCAAGACUUCGCGCAGCUCUUAGAUGCAUUCCAUCAUCUCGAACAUCUCACGGUUCGCGGGGUCUCCUGGUCCAGCACAGCUUUCGUUCCGGAGCACUCGUCGGCAUGGCCCAUUGCGCGUGCAGAACACCGGCCAGCGUGGGCGAUGAAGUUGCGCAGUCUGACGAUCGGUAGAGACGUUGAUGUUUCCACCUUUCUCGGUUUUUUAUGCUCCGGUCGCUAUUGUUCCAACAUCGUCAGCCUCUCCGUCUGUUGCACAUUCGAAGAAGAUGCCGAUGCCGUACGAUCAUACCUGGAUGUUGUGGGUCCGUCUCUGAAUCAUCUGGAGGUAGAGUGGAAUCCGUGUCAUUUGGGAGUAAACGCCGUUAUCUUGCCUCGCGACCUCUCGAUUGAGAACUGCGAACACCUCGAGACGCUGGUACUGCGGUGCGUCAUUUUGAAGGGCUUUUCCAUUCCCUGGGUUCCUGCCCUUCUUUCGACUCUUCACUCGACUUUCAUUCAAAAGAUUGUUUUCGAGAUAAGGGUGCUUGGAGAUCUCGAUGCCUUGGACUGGAAGUGGUUGGAUGCAGUCUUGUCUGAGCCAAGGUUCGCGCAUAUUGAGGCUCUCGUAGUGAAGUUGAGGUUAUGGUCCGCCCUCGCACUAAGUCAGGAGGAAGCCCGAGGGAUUGUUUGCGAGCGUUUUAGACUCCUAGGCUCGAGGCGCAUCCUACAGUUUGCUUCAUAA